AUGCUGAGGACUCGUGGCUGAGGCCUGGGCGCCCUGCUGCUCCAGGCCGCGCUGGAGCCCACGGGCCGGGAGACGGGCGUGCAGGUGUACAACAGCCUCACUGGAAGGAAGGAACCCCUAAUCGUGGCGCACACCGAAGCCGCCUCCUGGUAUAGCUGCGGACCAACUGUAUAUGAUCAUGCGCACCUUGGCCAUGCUUGCUCGUAUGUUAGAUUUGAUAUCAUUCGAAGGAUCCUAACCAAGGUUUUUGGAUGCAACAUAGUCAUGGUGAUGGGUAUUACAGAUGUAGAUGAUAAAAUCAUCAAAAGAGCCAAUGAGAUGAAUAUUUCCCCCGCUUCCCUCGCCAGUCUUUAUGAGGAAGACUUCAAGCAGGACAUGGCAGCCCUGAAGGUUCUCCCACCCACGGUGUACUUGAGGGUAACCGAAAAUAUUCCUCAGAUAAUUUCUUUCAUUGAAGGAAUCAUUGCUCGUGGGCACGCUUAUUCAACAGCAAAAGGCAAUGUCUACUUCGAUCUGAAGUCUAGAGGAGACAAGUAUGGCAAACUGGUCGGCGUGGUCCCUGGUCCAGUUGGAGAGCCAGCGGACUCUGACAAGCGUCAUGCCAGUGACUUUGCCCUGUGGAAGGCGGCCAAACCCCAGGAGGUGUUCUGGGCCUCUCCCUGGGGACCCGGGAGGCCGGGCUGGCACAUCGAGUGCUCUGCCAUCGCUAGUAUGGUAUUUGGAAGUCAACUGGAUAUCCAUUCAGGUGGGAUAGAUUUAGCUUUUCCACAUCAUGAAAACGAAAUUGCACAGUGUGAAGUCUUUCAUCAGUGUGAGCAGUGGGGAAAUUAUUUUCUGCAUUCUGGGCAUUUGCACGUGAAAGGCAAAGAAGAAAAAAUGUCCAAAUCGUUAAAAAACUACAUUACUAUUAAGGACUUUCUGAAGACCUUUUCCCCUGACGUCUUCCGGUUCUUCUGCCUGCGGAGCAGCUACCGCUCAGCCAUCGACUACAGCGACAGCGCCAUGCUCCAAGCCCAGCAGCAGCUCCUGGCGCUGGGCUCUUUCCUGGAGGACGCACGUGCCUACAUGAAGGGGCAGAUGGCCUGCGGCUCUGUCAGAGAAGUGAUGCUGUGGGAGAGGCUCGCCAGCACCAAGAGGGCCGUGAAGGAGGCCCUGGCAGAUGACUUUGACACACCCAGGGUAGUUGAUGCCAUCCUGGGCCUUGCGCGCCACGGGAACGGACAGCUCAGGGCGACCUCGAAGGAACCUGGAGUGCCGAGAAGUCCUGCUGUGUUUGGUGCCAUCAUCUCUUACUUUGAACAGUUUUUUGAAACUGUUGGAAUUUCUCUGGGCAAUCAACAGUGUGUUUCAGGAGACGGCAGCGAGGUCACCUUGCGUGGUGUGGUGGAGGAGCUGGUGCGGUUCCGGCAGAAGGUCCGGCAGUUUGCGCUGGCCAAGGCCACGGGGGAGGCCCGACGGCAGCAGCUCCUAGAGAGGCAGCCCCUGCUGGAGGCAUGUGACACCCUGCGCCAGGACCUGACUGCCCAUGGCAUCAGCAUCAAGGACAGAAACAGUACAACGUCCACGUGGGAACUGCUGGAUCAAAGGACAAAAGACCAAAAACCAGUGGGCUGAGGAGGCAGCACAGCCAUGAACCUGCUCACGACAAGAUGCACCUGUGCUUUAUGUUAAAGGCUUUAUGUUAAAGCUUCCUGUCGGGGCUGCUAGAUCAGCAUUAAAGUAAGGCAACCAACAGUG